UCCAGCUUUAUGUGACGCGCCUCUCUCUCUAGACUCUCUCUCUAAACUCUCUCUCUCUAUCCACGUUCACACAACCCCACCUACCAUUUCAAUUUUCACCCAACUCUGCUUUUAUUAGGCAUCUCCCAACUCUUCUUAAUUCCUUCCCACCAUUAAAAUAGAACUCUGCCCACUUCUAAAGAUUACAUUUUUGUCUGGCAUUGUUUCUCAAAUUCAAUUUAAAAUAAAAAGAAUUUUGCUGCAUUAUUGUUUUCUUUAAUUCCCUUUUGGCCCACUCCCUCUACUUGUAAACUAAUCCUCUUCACCUUUUAUUUUUUUAAUUCAUUUUAUUUUCUGGGUUUUUCAUAUCGCAUUGAGUUCUUCUGCGCUCAAACUUCAGAUCAGUUUCUCAGAAUUCAAUGUGUUGAUUUCUUGUCCGAUUUUCGGAAAAAAAAAGAUGUCGUCGGGUAGUCUAAACACGGAGCUAUCGAAAAAAUACGGCGGUAUUAAACUAUGGGUUCUAAUCGGAAUAUCCGUGGGUGCAUUGUUUGUUCUAAUUCUCGGAAUACUAUCGAUAUGGGUCAUGUUUCGGAGAAAAAAAUCCCGUACGUCUUCGUCGAACAAGUACAACCUCUGCCAAAUCCCGAACAUUUCUAAAGAAAUAAGGGUCGACAAAAUCGGCGGCGAUCAGAACACGCGCGAGCACCCCGAGAGUGUGUUCUUGAAUAUCAACGACAAAUCGAGCGACAAGAACUCGGAGAAGAUGACGGUGCAUUUGGGGCGGAGUAAAUCGAGCGACGUCGAUGAUGUCAGCCAAUGCAGCUCGUUGCAUCAUCACCAUUCGGGCGAGGAAGGUAGCUCGGGCGGUAAUGCGAGAAAACAGUCUAUUUCAAAUUACGGGAUUGCGAUGCCUUCUCCUCUAGUUGGGUUGCCGGAAAUAUCUCAGCUUGGGUGGGGCCAUUGGUUCACUCUUAGAGAUCUUGAAGUAGCGACAAAUCGUUUUUCGUCGGAGAAUGUUCUCGGUGAAGGUGGUUACGGAGUUGUUUAUCGAGGCAAACUUGUUAACGGCACUGAGGUGGCGGUUAAGAAACUUCUUAACAAUCUUGGGCAAGCGGAGAAAGAAUUUAGGGUUGAAGUGGAGGCGAUUGGACAUGUUCGUCAUAAGAAUCUUGUUCGGCUUCUUGGCUAUUGCAUCGAAGGAGUUCACCGGAUGUUGGUAUAUGAGUAUGUAAACAACGGAAACUUGGAACAAUGGCUACAUGGAGCUAUGAGACAACACGGGACCCUUACGUGGGAAGCCCGUAUUAAGGUUCUUCUUGGCACCGCAAGGGCACUUGCUUAUUUGCACGAAGCUAUAGAACCGAAAGUCGUCCACCGCGACAUAAAAUCGAGCAAUAUUUUGAUCGACAGCGAUUUCAAUGCGAAAGUUUCCGAUUUCGGUUUGGCUAAGCUCUUGGAUUCUGGCGAGAGCCAUAUAACAACGAGAGUGAUGGGAACAUUUGGUUAUGUUGCUCCCGAAUAUGCAAAUAGUGGCUUGUUGAACGAAAAGAGCGAUAUCUAUAGCUUCGGUGUUUUGCUCCUCGAAUCUAUUAGUGGAAGAGAUCCCGUUGACUACGCCCGUCCAGCAAACGAGGUUAAUCUUGUUGAGUGGUUGAAAAUGAUGGUAGGGAGUAGAAGAGCGGAGGAAGUUGUGGACCCCAGUCUUGAAGUGGGGCCCACAACACGUGCGUUGAAGCGCGCGCUUCUAGUUGCGCUUAGGUGCGUUGAUCCCGAUUCGCAGAAACGCCCCAAAAUGAGCCAGGUCGUUAGAAUGCUCGAAAGCGACGAGGUUCCUUAUCGCGAGGAUCGUCGGAGUAGGAAGAGCAGAGGUACAAGCAUGGAUAUGGAGUCAACAAAGGAGAGCAGUGGUUCAGCUGAGAUAGAAAGCAGACAAAUAUUUGAUGAGACAAACAAUGUGUAGUAAAACAAAAGAAAUACACAAAAAAAUGAUUUUAGAGCUAUUAUAUAUUAUUAUUAUUAUUAUUAUUAUUAAUUAUUAAGAAAAUUAAUUUGUGACUGAAAAAGAUUCCUGCAUCUGCAUGCAAGUAUGACAGUCGUGUGAUUGAAACAAGGCAUGGAAUUCUUCAAUUAUUGAGAGAGAGAGAGAGAGAGAGAGAGAGAGAGAGA